UUUGAAAGACGGUUUCUUCACAACUGUUUCUCCUCUCUGUCUCUCUCUCUCUCUCCGGCAGCCGUGAAACCAUGUGGUCGGCGACGCUCGCUUUCCCUUCCUUUGUGGCUUCAUCAACUUCUCUACCAAGCUACAAAAAACCAAGACUUCCGAGGAUCCAAGCUUCGCUAUCUAAUUACCCUCUCGCCAGCAAAAUCAUGGUCAGAAACUUACCGUUUUCCACAAGUGAAGACUUUCUGCAAAAGGAGUUUUCAGCUUUUGGAGAGAUAGCUGAAGUUAAGCUUGUCAAAGAUGAGUCAAUGAAGAGAUCAAAAGGUUAUGCCUUUAUUCAAUACAUGUCUCAGGACGAUGCCUUUCUAGCCAUAGAGACCAUGGACCGUAGGAUGUACAAUGGGAGGAUGAUUUAUAUAGACAUUGCGAAGCCAGGGAAGCGUGACUUCCAACAACAGCCGAGGACUUCUGGUCCCCCUGAGAAGCUCCAAGUGCCAGAAGAAUCAGCUAGUAACGAGGUCGCUGAUUGCUGGUAUUAAUUGUUAGGACCGAGUUCAGUAAACUGUGUCUGGAUUUGCAUAGAAAACAAUGAUCAAAUAUGGACACAUGUUGUUUUUCACUACUGAUAAACAAUCACCGACACGGUUCCAAUCA